CGGCUGCGAAAAGGAUGCUGGGGUCUUUACCUGGUCAAACAGCACAGGAUUAAGCCCAGAUGGACAAACGGACCAUGUAACCACAUCAGAGAUGUUCGUACAGUAUCCAGUGGUGUGACCUUUGACCUUUAACCCUGCGAUUUGGAUUCUCUUCAACUUUACAGCCUUUGAACACUCUUCUGAUGUGUUAAGCAACUUUGCUGAACAGUUUGAUGGAGAGCUGGUCGGAUGACAGCUGGAACUGUUGUCAUAACCGGAGGAAUACUGGCCACAGUGAUACUUCUGUGUAUCAUAGCUGUGCUCUGUUACUGUAGACUCCAGUACUACUGCUGUAAGAAGAAUGGGUCUGACAGUGGCUCCAUCUCUCAGCAACACUUCGCCUGCAACGCCUGCAGCGUGUCCGGCCUGGACGGCUCCAUCGUCAGCCCGCUGUCCCUGUCGCCGCCGGAGCCGCCCGGAUCCUCCGACCCUUCCAAAUCCGCAGGAGGGCGUCGCAGCUACUGCCCCACCUGCUCCCCUUACGACUCCCCUUUCUACAUACGCACCACCGACGACAUGCGCAACGGCGGCGAGCGCAUCACCUACAUGCCCACCCACUAUGACAACCAGGCGCUGGCCAUGCCGCUGCCCGCCGUCCGAGGCUCCCUGCUGAGGGAGGCCCAGCGUGGACGACCCCCUGACUUCUACACCAACACCCGGGCCAUCAGCACGGAGGUGUGACCGCCCCCCAAACCCCACCCAACCCCCACCCCCAUACAUACACACACUCCUGUCUUCAUCCUGUACACACACACCAGCACCACCACCUAACAAACUGUGACGCCUGCUGCAGGUGAGGAUCUGCUGGACUAACGCCCACUGUGGGUUUCAUGAAGGGUCGCUGGGUUCAGGGGGGAGGGGUGGGGUGGGGUGGGGUGAGAGGAUUCUGAGCAACAAACUGUGCCACAAGGAGGGAUUAUUUUCAGAUGUUCACUUUUUACCCUGAGAUUCAGUUUUCAUGCUCACAACGACAGUAACUGUAACUAAAAGUAUGUGUAACCUUUCCUGGACAAACCCCUUCCUGCUCCGUUCCAAGGGUUUGGUUGUAAACCUGUGAACUGUAUUUGUUGACUGUUAUCUGUGUCUUUACUGACUGAGGGCUACGGUACGUAAAUUAUGGCUUUCCUGAACUAAAUCUACCCCCAAAUACAUAAAAAGAGCAUAAAUGAUGUAGCAGGUAUGGACUGAUUUUCAUGAUAAAACUGGAAAAAACACUCAUGCUAAAACUCUGGAAGCGUAAACGUCCCCUGUGUGGAUUUCUGGACAUGUGGAAGAACCGAACAGGAAAUCAAACAACUGGAGGUUUGUCUAUGCAAGCGGCCGCAGCUCUUCAUCUCCAGUUAUUUCCUGUGUUUCAUUAUAUAACUUUAUUUGCGGGGUACUGUGCACACCCGUGGGACAUUACGACGCUGCACAUGUACAUACAAGCAUUUAAUGCUGGGUAGUAGAAAGCCUCUCGGGUUGCCAGGUCCUUCCUAAACCCCCCUUUGUACCUGUGUUUCUCCUGUAAACCUGUGAAGACGCAAGAAUGCCUGAGCCCUCGAAGGCAACAGUGAAGCUUGAAAUGAACUGAGUGAAUUUGUCCAUACUGACAGUAAAGCAAAAAAAAGUGUAAAUAUUACCAAGCAGCAAUGAGAGAAUAAGUUGUUUGUUUUGUGUUUUUGAUGGAGAGAAAUGCAUCUUGGGAUUUGAACAUGAUGUAUGCUGAAUGAGAGUGUGCGAUUUACUAGUUAGUGCUAUUUUGUCUACUCCACACCUCUAAUAUACUCCUGUACUACUCUCAUGUUGAACCUUUAACCCAUACAGACCCAGUGCUACUUUUAUGGCUCUUCCCAAAUGAAUUUUUGUCCCUAUUUAACCUUUCCUAAGUGAUUUAUCACCAUUUAUUAUAAUA